CAAAAAUGAAAUACUGAGAUCACCCACCUCGGCCGUUGAAUUGAGUGCACAUUUUUAUAAUCAUAUCUCAUCCCAAAUCUGAUUUUUAUCACAAUAAAUAAACUAAGCUGCUGUUUCCAUUCGAUAAACAAGUGGUUCCUUCAAACUGGAAAUCUCAAAAUUAAUACUGCCACCGAACUGGAAUCUGUUGCCCAAAUUUUUGAUUCAGUUCAUCCCGCAUUCUCGCCCAAAAAGGCAAUAAGUUGCUUCCAGAACCUCCAAGACUGCAAAUACGCAGUUGGAAUAGUAGCUGUAUAAGAAUCAGAGAGAAAGAUUCAGAUAUAUAAGAACAGAACCAAUAAGGAACCGAAGACCAAUGGGAGAUGGAAACAACAGCAGUAGAGGGGGAGGAAGCGGCGCUAACAGGCCGGAGUGGCUGCAACAAUACGAUCUCUUAGGUAAAAUCGGUGAAGGAACGUAUGGACUGGUGUUUUUAGCGAAGCUCAAAUCUAGCGGAAACAAACCCAUCGCUAUUAAGAAGUUCAAGCAGUCCAAGGACGGGGAUGGUGUAUCCCCCACUGCCAUUCGCGAAAUCAUGUUGCUCCGGGAGAUAUCCCAUGAAAAUGUUAUAAAACUGGUGAAUGUGCACAUCAACUUUGUAGAUAUGUCAUUAUACCUAGCUUUUGACUAUGCUGAGCAUGAUCUUUAUGAAAUAAUCAGACAUCAUCGAGACAAGGUCAACCAGCCAAUAAAUACUUACACCGUUAAGUCCUUGUUGUGGCAGCUGCUUAACGGUUUGAACUAUCUUCACAGUAACUGGAUCGUUCACAGAGAUCUGAAGCCAUCUAACAUCCUGGUCAUGGGAGAGGGGGAAGAGCAAGGAGUUUUAAAAAUUGCUGAUUUUGGUCUAGCAAGAAUUUUCCAGGCUCCACUAAAGCCACUUUCCGAAAAUGGGGUUGUAGUGACAAUUUGGUAUCGCGCACCUGAGUUACUCCUGGGGGCAAAGCACUAUACCAGUGCAGUUGACAUGUGGGCUGUUGGCUGCAUAUUUGCUGAGCUUCUUACACUAAAGCCACUUUUUCAAGGGCAAGAAGUGAAGGUCCCACCUAAUCCAUUUCAGCUUGACCAACUUGACAAGAUAUUUAGGGUUCUAGGUCAUCCCACACAGGAAAAGUGGCCAAUACUUGUGAAUCUUCCACACUGGCAAUCUGACCAGCAACACAUUCAAGCGCACAAAUAUGACAACCCUGCACUUUACAGUGUUGUACACCUCUCUCCGAAAAAUCCAGCAUGUGAUCUCCUCUCAAAAAUGCUCGAAUAUGAUCCACACAAGCGGAUUACAGCGGCACAGGCUCUUGAACACGAUUACUUUCGAGUGGAACCUCUACCAGGCCGCAAUGCACUUGUGCCCAUGCAACCUGGAGAAAAAGUUGUCAACUAUCCAAUUCGUCCUGUGGACACAAAUACGGAGUUUGAAGGAACAAGUAACAUGCAACAUCAGCAAGGAUCCGCUGUUCCGGGUGGUGGUAUACAAGGCCCUCAUGUAAAUACCACUAGAUCUGUACCCCGUCCAAUGCAUGUGGUCAACAUGCAACGAAUGCAACAACAGCAGGGAAUGCCCCCUUAUAAUCUUGCUUCUCAGGCCGGGAUGGGUGGUACGAUGAACCCCGGCAACAUGCGAGGUGUUGCCGCACAGGCUCAUCCACAACAGAUGAGAAGAAAGGACCAAGGAAUGGGAAUGACUGGAUUCCCUCCCCAACAGAAAAGACGCUUCUGAGUUAUGCACAUGCAGGUAAAUUAUUGGGGUGUGAUUACCUAUGCAGUAUGGUUGUGUUUCUUACUUUUAUUACAACAGCAGGUGGAAGAAGAAUAUUACAUUCUAUUUGCCUGAAUUUUGAACGAGAGCACUCAUUUAUAUGCCCAAACUUCCAAUGAAACGGGCGACUUAGAGCUUCAAUUGCGUCACUGGAAAUUCACAUUCCGGUGUCGACGCUCUCGCACAAUCUGGUCCCAUGCAACCUAUGCACUGCAGCAGAGUUGGUCGACUUCAACUGCAAUUUUGGGAUUCUGUCGAUUGAUUAGUUGACCAAUUAGUUCCAUCCAUUAUUAGGUGACAUGUACUUUUUGUAUAUAAAUACAUCCCCCAGCAACACACCUCGUAUUUGGAUAUGUAUUGCACCUUGCAUGGCUCAAGAAAUGGAUCCCAGUCUCGUAAUGGAAGGCAACAUCUUAGUCUCGUCGGUUUAUGGUGUUUUUUAUUUAUUAAUUAAUAAUAGUAUUAUUGUUUAAUUUUUAUAACUUGUUGGAACCAUUCUUCCGUCUUUUUUAUUGGGUAUUGCUUCGCG